GCCAAACUGACUGAUUGUCUGAUUGUGAUUGCGGCAGCACCGCCGACCACGAGCCCGCCGAAAGGCUCCUCCGCCUGCCGUUCCAGGGUGCACUGCCGCCAUUGCUCAUCUCCCCGUGGUGCGGAGGUCCACCCGGGCGCCAAUUGGUCUCCUCUUUCGUUGGCAGACUGAGUGGCAUCCAAUCCUGAAUCAAUGAGGGGCUGGGGUUUGCUCGUGUUAUCGCUACAUGUUCUUUCAUGCCUGGUUAGUGGCGUUGCUUCUGGUCGAACAAGCUCUUAUGUGCGCACAGAGUUUCCAUCUACAGAUAUACCUCUAGAAAGUGAAUGGUUUGCUAUUCCAAAGGGAUACAAUGCUCCACAGCAGGUUCAUAUCACUCAAGGUGAUUAUGAUGGAAAGGCAGUUAUAGUAUCUUGGGUUACUCCAGAAGAACCUGGGCCAAGUGAAGUAUUUUAUGGCAAGGAGAAGCUAUAUGACCAGAAAGCAGAAGGAACAACAACAAACUAUACGUUUUACGAUUACAAAUCUGGAUACAUACACCAUUGCCUUGUCGAUGGCCUUGAGUAUAACACUAAAUAUUAUUACAAGAUUGGAAGCGGAAAUUCAGCUCGAGAAUUCUGGUUUGAAACGCCUCCAGCAAUUGAUCCAGAUGCAUCAUACACAUUUGGCAUCAUAGGUGAUCUGGGGCAAACAUUUAAUUCUCUCUCAACUCUUCAACAUUAUGAGAAAACUGGAGGUCAAACUGUUCUAUUUGUUGGGGAUUUGUCGUAUGCUGAUAGAUAUGAACAUAAUGAUGGCAUUCGUUGGGAUUCCUGGGGUCGAUUCGUUGAGCACAGUACUGCAUACCAGCCAUGGAUUUGGAAUACUGGAAACCAUGAAAUAGAGUACAGGCCUGAUCUGGGAGAAACUUCUGUAUUCAAGCCAUAUUUGCAUAGGUACAUGACUCCAUAUUUAGCAUCAAAGAGCAGUUCUCCUAUGUGGUAUGCUGUCAGGCGUGCAUCUGCUCACAUCAUCGUGUUGUCUAGCUACUCUCCAUUUGUAAAAUACACUCCUCAAUGGCUGUGGCUGAAGAACGAAUUCAAGCGCGUGGACAGGGAAAAGACACCCUGGCUUAUCGUUCUCAUGCAUUCUCCCAUGUACAACAGCAACGAGGCACAUUACAUGGAGGGUGAGAGUAUGAGGGCUGCUUUCGAGAAAUGGUUUGUGAAGUACAAGGUUGACUUGGUGUUUGCAGGGCACGUUCAUGCUUAUGAGAGAUCAUACCGCAUUUCUAAUGUCAACUACAACAUAACGUCGGGAAAUCGGUAUCCAGUGCCGGACAAAUCUGCUCCCGUUUACAUAACGGUCGGUGAUGGAGGCAACCAGGAAGGACUUGCUUCAAGGUUUUAUAACCCCCAGCCGGAUUACUCAGCGUUCAGGGAGGCCAGCUAUGGUCACUCAGUUUUACAGCUGAAAAACAGGACCCAUGCUAUCUACCAGUGGAAUAGAAACGAUGAUGGGAAUCCUGUUCCAGCAGACACCGUAAUGUUCCAUAACCAAUAUUGGACGAGCAGCACGCGCCGCAGGAGGCUGAAGAAGAACCAUCUCCAUCUCGAGGACCUUGAGGAUUUGAUCUCCCUAUUAUAGAAAACCGGGUUCGCAGGACGCAUGAACUGUGUGUGGGGGAAUAAUCGCAGGUUAGCACUGUUGCUAGUGUGCCCGCCUCUCUUGGAAUGGAAGCAGCAGAGCCAGCUAUCAGACUGGCAGUGACCACCACCUCCUCAGCUACCUGGUUGCAUGCCACAGAUCUGAAAUUCUGAAAUGCUGUGACUGUGACUGUGAGGUAUGAAAAAACAGUGUAAAUAACGCGGUUGCCUCCGUACAUGUGUGACAUUUUAUACACGUGCAAGAAA